ACGGCGAGUCGGGAGCGAAGGAGGCUGGUUUUUUAAAUGCGCGACGGUGGGCGUCGAGGAGACGCUCGCUGCGAUUUCGGGAGAGGUUGUUGUAAGUUGUAAUGCGAGUAUCCGGGAGUCGCGCGGCCCGCUGUCAUCGCGCACGACGUUCGAGCGGGCGUUGGAAGAGACGUCGGACAACGGGGCCGCCACGCUGAAGCGGCUCGCGGUGGCCUAACCUUUUCUCUCUCUUCUUUUUUACGUGGUGGAAAUCCUUCGGAUACGGGAUCCGGGCCUCGGGGAGAGGACCCGGGUUGUGCGGUGUAUCCGCCAAAACCGCCGCGGUGGCGUUGAUGGCCGGCCCCGGGUGGCCUAACCUAACCUAACUAUGAGCAACAAGACCAACAACAGCGGGGAGAUAGAUCCCGUGCAGGAGCAGCUGACCGGGCGGGUGCGGGAGGUCGGCAACUACGCGAUCUGGAGCUUGUCCAGCUGCAAGCCGGGCUUCGGCGUGGACCAGCUGCGCGACGACAUCACGGAGACGUACUGGCAGUCGGACGGGCAGCUGCCGCACCUGGUGAACAUACAGUUCAAGAGGAAGACGACCAUCCGCGACAUAUGCAUCUACACGGAUUACAAGCUGGACGAGAGCUACACGCCCAACAGGAUAAGCAUCAGAGCCGGGACCAACUUCAACGAUCUGCAGGAGGUGGAGGUGAUGGACCUGAAUGAGCCGAGCGGGUGGAUAGUGAUCCCCAUUAAGAACAUCAACGAUCGGCCCAUCCGAACGUUCAUGAUUCAGAUAGCGGUCAUUAGCAAUCACCAGAAUGGCAGGGACACCCAUAUGAGGCAGAUCAAGAUCCACAGCCCCGCGCAGGAUAUUCUUGGCCCGCCAGCGCCCUACAUCCCGGGACAAUUCCUCACCAAUGAGUUCUUACGCUACGCCACUAUUAGAUAGGACUUGUAAAUAAACUUCCUGAAUAUACAUAUUUAUACAUAUAUAUAUAAAAUUAAAUAUUAUCAACAU